CGUUUGCCUUUUAUUUCACCGAACUGGAAAAUUUAAAGUGUGAGAUUUUUCAGAUAUCAAUCAGAACCUCAGACGAUACAUCACUAUAGAUCAUGAAAUGUAUAUAACACGAACCAUAUGUCUGAAAUAUAGUUGCAGACAUGCUUAUAACUCAUUCAACUCAUCAUGGAAGAUUCAUUUUAGGAAAUUAUCCGAUCAAUCACCUUCAUUAAUCCAAGAUUGUCAGACUUAUUUGAAUUAUUGCAAAAUUAAUCAAGUCAAUUUAGAUACUCCAGUAUUCAGAGGAACAUUUUAUGAAUUAUAUCUUUUGCAUUUCCUUCAAGAUUAUCUUCAUUGUCGAAAUCUUAUGAAAGUUGGUGGAGCUUAUGAUAAUGGAAUUGAUAUACUUGGAAAAUGGAAUUUAAAUCAUUUUUACCAACGAUCAGACGUGUUUAAAUCUGCAAAAGAGAAAUCAAGUAAAAUCCCCACUACCAGUCUUCUAAAGCAAGCUAUAGAAGUUUCAGAUCCAACUACUUCAAAACUGUCAAUCUCAUUAGAAAAUGAUAUCAACAUUCUUGUCCAAUGUAAAAACUCAUCUAAGAAAAUAACCGCAAAAGUGAUACGUGAAUUAACUGGUAUAUAUUAUUAUCACAUCAAUGGUGGAGCACUUAAAUCACCCAGUGCAACCAAAACCUUGAUUUCCACCCAUUACCUAUUCCUAGUAAGUCCAACAAGAUUGACGCCUCAAGGUAUAGCUCAGUUAGAUCAGAGUCAAAUACCCAUCAUUCAUAUGAGGAUUGAUCCAUUACAGCAUAAUCCAAAUAAAUCUAUCGAUGAAGACAGUGUAUAUAAAUUAGAGAAUUGGGAUAUCGGUGGUCAAUUGUAUAGUAUUUAUCUAAAUACCGUGGCGAGGAAAUUACUUACAGGGUUGAAAUUGGAAUUACAAUUGGAAGCAUUAAUUAAACAAACAUUUCUAAAUUAAGUAAGAAAGGGAAAAGAGAUUAAAGUCAUCUAUAUAAGGUUUUUAUUUUUAUUUUA